AAAUCCGCUUCUCUAUCUCUCUCUGUAUCUCUCCUUCACUCUCACACACAUACACCUAAACCACACACACUUCACACACCUCACGAAGCGAAGAAGAUUUGAUUCAAAGGGAAAAGAAGAUAGAAGAUGCCGUCGUCACCAUCAACUAAUUCAUGGAUUCUCUCUCUGAAAGUUGUAUUGAUCUCAGCUGGUCUUGUGUCUGUAGCUGUGAUGAUGAAGUUAGCGAUUCCGUUGAUGUUAAACUUCGCCGUGUCCGACCUCCCUGCGAUUUGGUCGGUUCUUGUAUCCUUGCUUAAGCCUCCGUAUCUGUAUGUUGUCAUUAACGGAAUCAUCAUCACCAUCGCCGCCUCCACACGCUUCCAACACAACAAUCACCAGGAUAAUGAGAAUCACUCUCAGCAGCAGGUUAAUCCACCGUCAGAUCUGGCAUCCGAUUUGCCUCCGGUAUCGACUAUGCGGCGUUUGAAUAUGGCGGAGCAUCCGCCGAUGGCUUACGAUAUUGAACCUAACGUGAUGGAGCCUCCGGUGGUGUAUGAGAGUGCGCCUGCGGUUGUUGACGUGAAGAAUAUGGUAGCGCUGAGUGGGCCAGAUGUAGUUGGAGGAGAUGAAGAUGAGUUUGUUAUAUCGAGGACCACGUGGAAUCCUCCUCAAAGUAAAAUUAAGGGGGAGUCUCCACCUCCGAAGAAGGUGCAACCGGAGUUCGAUUUUCCGGUGAGAGAAAGACAGCUUUUAUCUUCCAGAUUCGCUCAACAUCGGAAACCGACACUGGAAGGUGCGAGAGUACUGAGGGUGCUGAAACCGAAGAAGCACGAGACGAUGGAAACCACAUGGAAGAUGAUAACAGAAAAGCGUCACAUGCCUUUGACGAGGCACCUCCGGAAGUCGGACACGUUCGUGAACCACCACAACGAUGUUCAGUCCGACGAGUCCGAAGAGGUAGCGACGACGACUAAGGUGGUGAAGAAAUCUGAGACAUUCAAGGACCGGACGAGCUACGAAAACCAAAACGAUUAUCCGAAAACAGCGUCGUCGGCGGCGGUGGCAGGAGGGAAGUUGAAGAAAGAGCCGUCACUGAGUAACGACGAGUUGAACCGGCGAGUUGAAGCGUUCAUUAAGAAGUUUAAUGAUGACAUGAGAUUGCAGCGACAAGAGUCCCUGAAUCAAUACAUGGAGAUGGUGAACCAGGGGGAUGGGGCCCAUUAACGAAAGAGGUUUUUUGUUUUUUAAAAAUAGCUUGGAUAUUUGAUAUAUCGAAAAAAGAAAAAGGAAAAGGUAUUUUUCGCCCAUUAUAUAUGCUGGGUUCUUAGGGGGUAUAGUUAUGAAAAUGAUUGAUAGUACAAAGUGGGAUUAUUUUAUUUUAUUUAUUUUUCUUUCUAUUUUCAGUAUAGGUUUCUUUUUAUUUUUAUUUUGGGUUCUCAAAUGGAUGGGUUGUACUUAUAUAAGUUAUACAGG